ACUGCUUUCCUCGUUGCCUGCCAGUGGAGCGCUCAUCGGAGGAACGUCACGGUAACGGGAGGCUGGUUAGAAAAGGCGAGCACAGAACUUCAAAGUGCACGUUUCUCUCUGUAUGGCUUGAGUUCGACUGUCGUCCAUUCGGUUUACACGAUGUCGCCCGUGAAGUACAUGAGCGGAUUUUCGGAGGCAAUGGAUUGGCGUCCUAUUGAAUUUGUUGACCUCCCUUCCCUCCUGUCAUGUUCUUUAUGUCACGUGGUCCCGAGAGAGACGUUCAUCCUGGAAUGUUCCCACGCACUCUGUGAUCAGUGCUACCAAACAGUUUUGCAAGGCAGUCGACUGUGUCCUUUAGACGGUGGACCAGUUCAAGAACAGGAAGUGCAGACACUUUCCUUCAAACCAAGUCAUCGUACGAAACCGAAAAUGCGCUGCUGCAACUCCAUUCACGGAUGCCAAUUUGUCGGUAUUUUAGACGAAGUGACGACUCAUUUCUUGAAGGAUUGUGCUUUCCAAGUUGUGUCGUGUAACAGAUGCAGUAGUAUCAUCCUACGCAAUGACAUCGUCCUUCACUAUAUUGAACAACGAUGUCACGCUACAAGUUCACCAACGAAAGGUAGAAACCAAGUCAGCAUCUCCGGGAACAUUGUCGACACUGAAAGCAAGAUAAGUGUUGCAUUGGAUUCUGCCAUGGAAAGACUCUGCGCGAUUGAGACGCAGCUCGACGUUCACGUUGUUGGCAUCGCCGAUGCAAAAGAAGUCCUAUCUGCGACGGGGAAGGCAUUAAGCAGACUUCUGGACCUGCAGGAACAAACAUCCAAUGUCAUGAGAGAGAAUAUCGAGGAAUUAACGAAAUGUGUACACACCGGAAAGCGUCUGCUGUCAGGUGCUAUUUCGGAUGCGUCUGCAGUAAGUGUUAGUGAUAGGUCCUCCUCAACGGCCGAACACGAUGAUAACGCUGACAACGCCCAAGAUUGUGGAGGUAGUGCUGGUGCUCUGCAAGGCCCACGUGGUCAAAUUGGAUGUGGGGUUAGCGACGACGUGGACAAGAUCGAUGAGGUCUCAAAAGUUAUUUUUGAUACAUGCAAGCGACUUUCUUCAGUUGAUGGAAUGUUGGGUGUGCUGAUUUCACGUUUAAACGAUGGCAAAAACAACGUUGCCUAUUAUCAUAUUCAGGACUUCAACGAUAUUGAGAAAAAAUCUGAUAACGAGCAAGUAAGUCUGUGCUCUGAAAUUUUCGUCUUGUGUGGCUACACCUUUAGACUGCUCGUGAACACCGAUCGAUGCGAUGGAGACUUGUGCUUGGGAAUUUAUCUAGCAAUUUGUCGGAGUUCGAGGGACUCUUGCUUAAAAUGGCCCUUUACAUUGCCUUACACCCUCAUGCUUGUACACCCAACAGAUGAGAAAAAGAACAUUGACCGUUAUGUUAAUGUCUUAGAAUACAUAAAUAGCGAGAGUGAGUAUUUCCUUAAGCCAGUAGAAAAAGACAAUCCUGGCUUUGGCGCACCAGCAGUUUGUAAACUACAAGACGUAGCGAAGGGAGGUUUUGUACACAACAACUCUAUCACUGUUGGCGUAAAAAUUUUGAGGGCAUGUUCUCUUACAUGUCAUGAAGAAGACACUUCACAUGUGUGAGAGGAGGUUUUGAUCGCUUGGUUUCAUUAUACCUUUCUGGUUGCACUCCUGUGUUUUGCUCACUUAUUAAGAGUUGUUGCAUAGUUGCGUAAGAAGCAAGUAUUUGUCUAGCUGAUGCAUAACUAGGCUGUAACGACGUGAAAGGACAGACAUGAAGUAGACCAGAAACGCCUUCUAAUGCAUGGAGGCGCUGAAGUGUGUGUGUGCGUGUGCCCAUUCGCGCUCCUCAGACCCCAGCUACAAUAACAUGUUCAUGCGCCGUUUCAGUAAGUGUUGAGAAUUGUCCGUGGUGUACGGUGGCAUACUGAUCUUAUGCGUUGAAAAUAAAAUAACGGCUGUCAAACGUA